CGGCAAUUAAAAAGGAACAGAGUUUUAUAAGAUAAUAAUGAUAAUAAUAAUAAUAAUAAUACGAUGAUAGUGGUAAAUUCGAACAAAACUGGAAGCUCUGACGACAGCUCAUAGCAGUGGUUGACGGCAAACGGAGACAGAACACAACAAAACAUAACAACAUUAUAACUGUUUCUUCUUCUUUUCUCUUUUUCUUUGUUCUUGUCUUUCAAUUCCCUAUUUUCCAAAUUCCGGUGAGGCCAGCGGUGAAAUCAUGGCCGCUUCUGGUGGUGAUGAUGAUGCCUCCAAACAAGACCUCUUUCACAUCAUCAAACGCUUUGGAGCUUACGUUACUUUCAAGAUCGGAGAUCUCUUCUCUCUCUCCUUCCACAACCUUGAUAUACGCACUAUUGGGGCGGUUGCUGGUCUUGCUGUUGCAAUUGUUUUCACUUGGAGGCUGUUGAGAUCUCCUGCUGGUUCUCAAAGGAGGCAACAAAAACGGCAAGGUGCUGCGUCGAGUAAUCCUGGAGUUAGCACACAUUCAAAUGCAUCGGUUGUUCCUUCAGAUGCUUGUUUACCUUCGGAUGAAUCAAGGGCGCAAAAUGUUGUGGAUGAGUUCUUUCAGCCAGUCAAGCCAACCUUGGGGCAGAUAGUGAGGCAGAGGUUGAGUGAAGGAAGAAAGGUAACAUGUCGUCUUCUUGGAGUGAUCCUUGAGGAAAGUAGUCCAGAGGAGCUUCAGAACCAAGCAACUGUGAGAUCCUCUGUGCUCGAAGUACUGUUGGAAAUAACAAAGUUCUGUGAUUUAUAUCUCAUGGAACGGGUUCUGGAUGACGAAAGCGAGAAAAGAGUUCUUGUAGCGUUGGAAGAAGCAGGGGUAUUCACUUCAGGUGGUUUGGUCAAGGACAAGGUUCUAUUCAGCAGCACUGAGAAUGGACGAUCCUCAUUUGUUCGGCAAUUGGAACCAGAUUGGCAUAUCGACACAAAUUCUGAAAUCGUCUCUCAGUUAGCUAGGUUUAUCAAGUAUCAGCUCCACAUAUCGCCUUAUAAAACAGAACGAACCGCUGCUAAUGUGUUCAGUGCUCCAUCCUUGGAACUUUUCUUUGGAUCCAUAUGAAAACCAAAAACACUGCUCUAAUCAGAUGUUAUUAUUCAUAAAAAUGUCUAUUAGUUUGGUUUCUGUCUGCAUGUUGGAAUUAACCUUCACCAUACGUUUUUUUCCCAGCUUUUCUAGAUGGAUGAGAAAACUAGGUUAGAUUUUUCUUCAAGCUUUGAUGGUUUCUCACCCUAGUUUGGUGAAAAACCCUUCUGUGCAUGUGUAUGAUGCUUUGAGGAAGAAGUUAUAUUGUUUUCUUUAUUUACCUUUUGUUUGAAAUUUGUGCAUUAGAUUAUCCAGACAUUUUGAACUGACAAGGUAGCAAUUUAUAUUAGAUGUUGUUUGUAUUC